AUGGCUUUUAGCGAAGCCGAACUGAGUGCCGUGGAGGCGGAUCAUUUGGAGCAUGCCGACUUGGGUUCAAAUACAGAGUCCAGCAGAGGUUAUGAGUCUCAGGAAACAAAUGUACCAAAUGGUGCGGACACGAAAUCAUCAUCACCACCGUUUCAAGCGGAGAAGAGGGUCACUGCCGAGGGAGCGAACGACACCCUCAGCAAUCCGCCAUGCAGCUUUCAUGAUGAGACGCAGGGCUGUCAGUUCGAAAACAGUCAGCCAACUUCCGAAGUGGAAAGGAUGGCAAGGCAUGCACACAUGAACGGCCAGAGUCAAAGUUCUCUGUUUAGUGAUUCAUUCAGGUUGGAAGUGUGA